GUAACAUGUGAUUGUUGUAUGAAAUCAAGCUUCAGUGGUUUAAGAUACAAGUGCCUGAUAUGUUUUGAUUAUGAUUUGUGCCAGUCAUGUCAUGACAUGAAGGCUGUUUCAUCACGACACAAGUCAUCACACUCCAUGCAGUGUAUACCCACAAGAGCUGACAUGGGAAUUUUAUACAGUGGUGAACCCUCGUCAUCUUUAGUCAUACAAUCAUUUUCUUGUCCUCAUUGUUCUAAAAUGGGAUUCAAUAGUCAAUUGUUGGCUGAUCAUGUUCGAACAUGUCACAGAGAUAGGAUAUCUGUCGAAAUCUGUCCUAUAUGUGCUUCGUUGCCGGGAGGAGAUGCAAAUCAUGUUACUGAUGAUUUAAGUCAGCACAUAUCUACAUCGCAUCAGAGACCAAUUUUGGAGCUGGUUCGUUUAUUUUUUUUACUCGUCAUUGUUUUUAUUUUAAAGCUCAAUAAAUUACAACUUUUAGGAAUUUAA